AAAAGUAUAGCAGACGCCAUUGAAACCAAGAUUUUCUUAUUGAUCGUACAGAAACGAAGCAAACGUCGCAAAGUAUUCACGCGAGCGAAAAAAAAAAUUAUAUUCUAAAAUAUUCAAGUAGAAAUCAUUGGCGAAGACAGAAAAAUGUGUGUAACAAAUGGAAAUUUACGUAUUUUAUUGAGAUAGAAUGUGAAAAAAAUUGCCGUGUAAACUUACAAAUGCGCAUCAAUGCAAUCGUAGCAGCGAAAGAAAAAAAUAGUGUUUAGUGCGUGAAUACAACGCAAAGUGAAAGAGAGACAAGAACCAUUUGAUGUUUGUUUGUUUGUCGCUACAUUUGAGUUGCGGAACGCCAGCCAUUGAGAAAAAAAGAAGAAGAGGCGAACACACAAAAAAAAGCACAACUGAAAACGGAAUAUUGUUUUGUCGCAUAUAGAAAAUAUUGCAUUUUCUCUUGUUCAUAUAAUUUCUUUUUCGUUUGAUUGUGAUUUGAUAGUGAGUGUGAUUAUUACGAUAAAAAUUAUAUGAAAUUGCGAUUCAAUUUUUGUUGGUUUUGCUGUGAAGUUUUUUAGUGAAUUAAUGGCGAAAGAAAAAAAAAGUGAAAAAAAAAAUCGAGACUAGAGAUGAAAUUACAGGUCGAUGUAAUGUGUGUGGUAUGCAUCGUUGCACAUUUAGAUGCAUAUUUGCUACAUCGCCGUUUUUAGUUGCCAAUUUUCGCAGCGAGAGACUUUUCUACCAAUUCUAUUUCGAAGCAUCAGCAUUACGUGUAAAAGGUAAAAUGACGGAAAUUAUGUAUCCGCAGGGGUGCAAGCCACUCAGAGAAGAUUUGGGCCCAGAUGAACUCAUCCGACGACUGAAAAAUCUGGCUCACACCCUGCAAACGAUGAGCCAAGAUGAGAACAAAUAUCAAGCGUAUAUUCCAUUGGCAUUGCACCUGGUUGAUGAUUUCUUUUUGACACAUCAAUCACGUGACGUUCAACUGUUAGUGGCUUGUUGUGUUGCGGACGUGUUGCGCGUGUAUGCACCCGAAGCGCCAUACAAAGAAGCCGACCAGAUCAAAACGAUUUUCAUGUUUCUCAUUCGACAAUUGGAAGGCUUAAAAGAUCCAAAAGAUCCGGCAUUCAAACGGUAUUUCUAUCUGUUGGAGAAUUUAGCGUAUGUGAAAUCGUUCAACAUGUGCUUCGAAUUGGAAGAAUCUCAAAACAUAUUCUGCGGACUGUUCAGCCUUUUCUUUAGAAUUGUAAAUGAUGAGCACAGCGGCAAAGUGAAAUCGUUCAUGUUGGAUGUGUUGUGCCCGCUAAUCACUGAGUCAGACAAUGUGUCGUCACAAUUGCUCGACAUCAUCCUAAUUAACAUAGUCGAGCCGCAAAAGUCAUCGAAGAAGAACGCUUAUCACUUAGCUAAAGAACUGAUCAUUAAAACAAAUGAGACGAUGGAACAGUACAUUCAACAGUUCUUCAACCAAGCGUUGCUCAUGGAUAAAGUGAACAAAACGUAUCAGAUUUCAUCGCGAAUCUACGAUUUGAUUUAUGAAUUGAAUGUGAUUUGCCCGAACAUUUUACUACAGGUUUUGCCACAGCUUGAGUGUAAAUUGAAGGCGGGUUCAGAAUCGGAACGUCUGAAGGCGGUUGCAUUGUUGGCGCGUAUGUUUUCCGAGAAGAAUUCCAACCUUGCCAAACAGUACAGUGCCCUGUGGCGACAGUUUAUUCAGCGUUUUUGUGACAUCGCCGUACCGAUACGCGUGAAAUGUGUUCAGAGUAGUAUGCACUUUUUGUUGAAUCACCCAGAGCUACGCGAUGAAAUUAUCGAAGCACUGAAAUUCCGUCAACAUGAUGGUGAUGAAACCGUUCGAUAUGAAGUGGUUAUGGCGAUCGUUGAGACGGCCAAACGUGAUUUCCGCAUUGUAUCCGAAUCGGAGGAUCUGUUGGAAUUUGUCAAAGAACGGACACUGGACAAAAAGUUCAAGAUUCGCAAAGAGGCGAUGAGUGGCUUGGCUUUGAUCUACAAAAAAUACUUGAGCGACGUGGAUGUGCCAGAGGCCACCAAGAAAGCGGUCAACUGGAUUAAAGAUAAAAUCCUGCAUGGAUACUAUAUGACUGGGCUAGAAGAUCGAUUACUAGUUGAGAGACUGCUGAUCACAUGCCUUGUGCCGUAUCAAUUAGCACCCGAAGAUCGUAUGAAGAAAUUGUAUCAGCUGCUGGGAACGAUUGAUGAUAAUGCGAUCAAAGCAUUCAUUGAGCUGCAGAAGAAUCAACUGAAAGUGCGCAAGAGCGUUUCGGAUUGGGUUAAAUUGCAUCGUGCAAAGGAGCUCACACCGAAAAUUCAAAAAGAAAUGAAUAUCAUGUGUCAAGCAAUUUCCAAACAAUUGCCGGAUCCAGUGAAAGCCCAAGAGUUUUUACAGAAAUUCAGCUUGAAUCUACGGAAGGACAUCAACUUGUUGCGUGAUAUGGAAACAAUUUUGCGUGGUGACGUAUCAUGCAAAGAGUGUGCAGACACAAUGACCUUAGUGCUCAAGAAAUUGGGCCAGCCAAUAAUGACGAAUUUGUACUACAACACGGUGAAAAUGCUGUUAGAACGGAUUGCCUCGGUGAUGGUGGACAAAACGUCAAUCGAAAUAUUGGUUGGACUCAUUGAGGAUUGUAUGAACGGUGGAUCGGUCAUCGAAGAAGUUAGCCUGCCACCCGAAUCGGCCGGUGAACGUGGUCUGAAACUAUUGAGUAUUUUAGCGUAUGUAUUCUCGGCACAUUUUCAACAUGACACCAUUCUGCGUCACAUGAUCGGUUUGUUGAGCUUCGAAGAGGAAUACGUAGCACCAUACGUUCUAAAAGCGCUCACAUACCUGGGCCGUUACAAGCCACUGAUCGAAUGUCAUGCGGAUUUCUUGGUGGAACUGGCACCAAUCUGCAAAGAGUUGGCUAUUUCGGGUUUGCCAAAGCAAGCCAAACAUGCAAUCCGCUGCAUGUACGUGAAUACCCAACAAGCAGCCGAAGAAGAUCCAACACUGCCAGCCAAUUUAGAUAUUUUCCCAGAUAUUGUUGACUCGUUCAAGCACACAUUGGAUCCAGAGCACGAGAGCUAUCGCACAGCAAUCGUUGCCCUUGGUCACAUCGCAUACAAUGUGCCAAAUCGGUUCACUGUCCAAAUAAAGAACACGAUUUCACGUCGGAUUGUCAAGGAGUUGUUGGUCAAAGAUGGCGAAAAUAACAGCGACAGUUUGCCAACUGGCGAAUGGUGCGAUGAGGAAAGUUUGCCAGACGAAACCCGAUGCAAAGUGGAGGCAUUGAAAACAAUGGCCAGAUGGCUAUUGGGUUUGAAACAAGACGUUUUAUCGGCACAGAAGACGUUUAGGAUGUUGUCGGCAUUCAUCAAACAGCAAGGCGAUUUAUUACAAUCGGGAAAUUUAUCACAGGCUGAAAUGUCAUGGCUGCGUCUCAGCGCUGGCAAGGCAAUGCUGAAAAUUUGCGAACAAAAAGGUGUCGGCGAUCAAUACUCUACCGAACAGUUUUAUAUGCUCUCCACCCUCAUGCUCGAUCCGGUGAUCGAGGUCCGCGAACUGUUUGCGAAGAAACUUCACAAAGGAUUGAGCAAGGGAAUUCCACACAAAUGCCUGCCACUGGAUUUCAUGGGAUUCUAUGCAUUGGGCGGACGAGAGACCGAACGCAAACUACAGAAACAAAUACGAACAUACAUUGAAACAGAUGUGAAUCGUCGACGCGAAUAUUUGAAAACAUUUGCAUCAGUUGAAAAAGCUAUGUCGCAAUUACCACACAUUUUGCCGGAUUACAUGCUCGUCUUUGCAGUGCCGGUGUUAACACAUGAUCCAAACUUCACAUCGGUCAGUGAUCCAAUUCAAUUAAAACAAAUUGAAAAAUGUCUUUGGCUCAUACUUGAGCCACUCAUCACAAAUCGCGAGUUCUUCUGCUUUGGAUUCUACAAGAAUUUGAUUCAACGCAUGAAAAACCAUCGCGACGCUUACAAACCGGACGACCCGACUGUGAAUCAUAAAAUGUAUGUGAUUUGUGAUCUAGCGAUGCACAUCAUACUGACAAAAUCCAACAACUAUGACGUGCGGGACUUUUCAUUAGAUGCCCGAAUUCCGUCGAUGUACUAUCAGGCACAACCAGAAAGCUAUCAAAAUGUACAAAAUUAUAUUCCUGAAGUGUACCUACCGUACAACAGUAAUAUGGCAAAUGCAACCAAGAAAACUGGUAUCGUUGUGCCGACAACACGCAAAGUUCUUCGUUCCGAUGAUGAGAUGGCAACGAGUUCAACGGCCUCGCCCACAUCACCAACAUCACCUGCAUUAACCAUUCAAGCUGCGAACCAAACAGCCAACACAAACACAACCAACUCAUCGGCCAAUGACACGGAUGAUGAGCAAACGAACGGAAAGGAAACAACGGCCAAGACAACACGUUCGAAACAAUCGAAUCAAACGGAUGAAAAUACAGAGCCACCAGCGAAGCGACUUAGGACGCGUGCCGCCACCGCUGCAUCAAACCAUCAAUAAGAAAAGAAUAUCUUAGUAUAAGAAUGGCGUCGAUCGCUCUCACAUCUCCUUUCAUUCGGUUCAUUUUUUUUAAACAAGUUUUGUUGACUUCAUUAAAUGUGGAAAUAACAAGAAGGAAAAAAACACACAGAGAGAGAAUUUUUUUUUUGUAUGAAUUUCAUCGUUCAAUUCAUUUCCUUUUGCGAAAUGCAAUUCGGGACAAAACAGAAAACAUUGGUCAUAACGCAAAGAUAAUAGAGUAUACAAUUUAAAGAGAAAAAAGAAACAAGAAAAAAAACACAUGUUGUAAGCCAAGUUAAUUAUUAUUGCGUAUAAUUCAUUUUCACAAUGAUUUCCCCAAGUUUAUUCUAGAAAGAUUUCGAUUUAGUUUUAUGCUAAUUUUUUUUUCGACGGAAAUUAUGAAAAGAAUACCCUAUAUUUGUUUGUUAGUUCAAAGAAAUUGGAAUAACAUCGCUCUGAACACAUGUAUGACACUUGAUUAUACCAUAUUUUUUUUAAAUAUUCGAACAACAAACCAAUUUCAUUUCGAUAACCAUUCAUUCAUUUUGUCAAAAUUCUACCGCACUACAAAUCCAAACUACAGAUUCAAACAGCCCAAUACAAUUCAAUAAUUUAUUGCAUAUAGUUAUACCCUCUGUUUAUUUCAUUUACAUUUAGAAAAAAAGCAUUUUUCAUAUAUUUUGUUUCAAACCUUAAUUUUACCAAUUAUGUUCAAUGAAAUGUAAUUGCAAAUAAAAUGAUUUAAUUUUGAUAAAAAUUAAGAGAAUAACUCAAAA